UCUGUUUUCUACAAAGCCGUAGUACAUCGGGGAAGCAUAGCAUACACUUGCCUUCUGAAACCUUGCUCUCCUCUCAUUUGGGCUUUGGCUACUUGAUUUCUUCAUCAUGGUGGCCGUCCUGGAUGCUUUCGCGGCCAAGCUGGCUAUCAUCCUAGCAGGUAUGGCAAAGACUGAGUUAGAGAUGCUCCUGGGUGUACCUGGCGAGAUCACCAAGCUCGAGGCUACGCUCGGUGAUCUCAGCCGCAUCACGGCCGACGCUGAAAGGAGGCGCAUCCACAACCCUGACUCGGGUGCAGAGGAGUGGGUCGGGGAGCUCAAGGAUGUCAUGUACGACGCCGACAACAUACUUGACCUCUGCCAGAUCUUGGAGGGAGAAGAUGCAUCCAAAGCUCCUGGAUGCUGGAACAUCCCAAUGUUGUUAUGCUUCCACAACCCCGUUGCUGCACACAAGAUUGGGAAGAAAAUCCAAGCGCUCAACCAACGCUUGCUGGACAUUGAGAAGAGGAGCACUCGCUAUGCAUUCAUCUCCCAAGCAAUCAACUCUUCAUCAAGCAACUCUAUUGAUAGAGUUGACAGUUCUUUUAUCAAAAGCAACCGCACAACUGGAUCGGGCAUCAUCCGGUCUGAUAUUGUUGGAGAGAAGAUCAAGGAAGAUACAAGAAAGCUUGUUGAUAUUCUAGUCAACAAGGAAGAGAUUCGUGCUGGAUCAAGCAGUGACAGGUUUCCUGUUGUUGCUAUCACUGGUGCUGGUGGGAUAGGCAAAACUACCCUUGCUAGGAUGGUUUUCAAUGACACUGUGGUGAAGGAUCACUUCCAUAAGAGGAUUUGGCUGAGUGUGAAUAACAAUAAAGAGGUCAACGAGAUGACAGUCCUAAGAACCGUCUUAUAUGCUGUUGGAGGUAACCACAGUGACCUUCCUGACAACAAGGCCCAGCUGGAGAGUGCUUUGAAUCUAGCAGUGAAGCAAAAGAAAUUAUUGUUGGUGAUGGAUGAUGUGUGGAGCGCUAAGGUGUGGAAUGAGCUACUUAGAGUCCCGCUCAAUGAUGGUGCUUCGGGAAGCUGGGUAUUGGUGACCACAAGAAAUAUAGAAGUUGCUAAUAUGAUGAAAGCACAUCACCUCCACCGAGUUGACAAGCUAGUGGGAGAAGACGUUUGGAACCUGCUUAAGAAACAGGUUGUUUUGAAUGUUAAUGACGAAUCUCUUGUUGAGGGAUUAAAGGAUAUUGGGAUGGAGAUUAUAGAAAGAUGUGAUGGUUUGCCACUUGCAGUUAAGGUGGUUGGAGGACUUUUGCUAAGCAAGGGAAAAACAAGAGGUGAUUGGCUUGAUGUUUGUAGUAAUGUUGCAUGGUCAAUGACUACAAUUAGCGAUGAUGUCAACCAAGCAGUGUAUGUGAGCUAUGAGGAAUUACCACAUGUUUUGAAGCAAUGUCUUUUAUAUUGUUCACUCUUUCCUAAGGAUGUAUUGAUCAAGAGUGCGGAUAUAGUCAAUAUGUGGAUUGCUGAAGGUUUCAUACAUAUCACAAGUAUGAAACAGCCAGAAGAUCUGGGAGCGGAGUACUACAAACAAUUAGUCUCACGGAAUCUUCUAGACCCGGAUUAUCGUUUUUAUGAUCAAAAAGCAUGCACCAUGCAUGAUGUUAUCCGCUCAUUUAGUCAGUCUGUAGUGAAACAUGAAGGUUUGUUUGUUGAGGAGGGGCUUAAUCCAAGUUUUACUUCAGGUACUUCCAAGUUGCGGCACCUGUCCAUAUCAAAGAAUGUAAUUGAAUGGGCUGCUUUUCACAAACAAGCCUCUCUACAAACAUUGAUAUUAUUCGAAAGCCCCAGGGUUGAUUUAAAAGGUUUUUGGAACAACCUUUCUCUCCUACGAGUACUUAGUCUACAAGGUGUAAAUGUUGUCGAGCUACCUGACUCGAUAAGCAACCUCAGACAUUUAAGGUACUUGGGACUUGCAGGUACAAGCAUAUCUGAGAUCCCACAAGGAAUAGGUGAUCUGAUGUUUAUGCAGUUCAUCGAACUUGCAGAUUGUGUAAAAAUUUCUCAUGUUCCAGAUAGCAUCUUGAAGCUGCGAAAGCUAAGGUAUAUCAACUUUGCUGGCACCAACAUAGCAUCAAUUCCCCGUGGAUUUGGGAAGCUGGAAGAUUUGGUCAUGAUAUCUGGGUUUCCAACUCAUUCAGAUGAUAAUACAGAUCAAGUAUGGUCCAGUCUGGAAGAACUAGGGCCUUUGUCGAGACUCACAAUGCUUGCCAUAGAAAGUUUGGAGAAGGCAUCUUCUGGUUCUGUGGCCGCUAGAGCAAAACUUAGUAGUAAAGCCCACCUAAGAAUUUUGAACCUGGGAUUUACUAUUAGGCUAGCACAGAAUAGGGAGGUGGAAGAGCAAAACAAUGGGGAGCAAGAGAGAAUCGAGGAGGUUUUGGGUAAUCUCUGUCCUCCAACCUGCAUAGAACAGCUUGCCAUCAUUGGAUACUUUGGACACAAACUUCCCCAGUGGAUGAGAAUGGUGUCAGUCUUUACCUUCUUAAAGCGGCUUGAGCUAUCAAGUUACGCUUGCUAUGAGCUGCCUUCUGGCUUAGGCCAACUCCCCUCUCUUGACUAUUUUUGGGUUGACCAAGCUCCAUUCAUCCAAUAUAUCGGUCAUGGUCUUCACAUGCCCUCAAUUGGUGGUCGGGGCAUCGGCCUAGAUAAGAUGCUUUCUGGUGGUGGUGUUGUUGUUGCAUUUCCCAAGCUGAGGAAACUUGGGUUUCAGGGGAUGUUCGGACUGACAGAGUGGGAAUGGGAGCAGCAAGUCCCAGCUAUGACAACUUUAGAGGUGCUUACAAUUGUCAAUUGUCAGCUCAAGUAUCUCCCUCCUGGACUUGCACAUCAUGCAAAUGCACUGCGGGAGUUGGAUCUAAGAAACCUCUCGCACCUGCUCUCCAUACACAACUUCCCUUCACUCGUUGAGCUUCGCAUAGUUGACAACCGAACACUAGAGAGAAUCAACAACAAUCCAAAUUUGCAGCACAUUUACAUUGUUAGCUGCCCAGGGCUAAAGGUAUUGGAAGAUUUGCCAUCACUCAAGAGCAUCGAAUGGGUGGAUGUGACUGCUCAAGUGCUCCCAGAUUACUUCCGGCACUCAAAGUUAGAUAAGUUGAUUGUACAAUGCUACAUAAGCUUGCUCAAACUGAUAUCCUUACAAGAUGCCAACUCUUCGGGAUCCGAGUGGGGAAAGAUCCAGCAUGUUCAGCAACUAAGAGCAACUGGGUACAUAUCAGCGGAAGAAACACGAUAUAUCUCCUACACCAAGGAGCCCUACUCCUACAAAACAGACAUUGAACAACUGGAUGAAUGUGUAAAUGUGGUGGUUCAAUAAUAGAGAAACAAUAUCAUGAAGGAAGAACCGUCGGCCUUUUUUACUUAUGUCGUGACAUAUCAUAUUUUUCAAGCGGUGCAUAUGGUCAAAGGGCAUGCAUUUUUUUACUGUGGCCGGUGGCUGUGUCCACGUGGAGGCCUGGAGGGUGAUCUUUCUUCAGGCGAUAGCAGACACGACCAGGAAGGGUCUCUGCAUGGUUUGUUCCCCGUACAACAGGGUGGACGACGCGAGGUUGUGACACAGAUAGGUAGUGGUGGUGAUGGUUAGACUGGGAGGCGCCAGCCGCCAGCUAUAGAGCCCAGCAUGUCGGGCCAUGUAAUACCACUUGGCCAUAAAAAGAAGGGAGAAGGAACAUUCUCGAUAAACUCGUAGGUUCCUCCAAAACGUCUAUCUUCUUGCAAACAUGUGUAGCGAUUGAUAAUCCAAUGGUCAAAAUCUGUAACUAAUUAAGUUCAGGUCAGACGUCAAUAUGGAUUGUAAGCAUGUGUCUUGGAGGGUGAACAAUUCAAAAUUUUCAGAGACUA